AGUAAUUAUAGAUAGAGGGAGGGAGAGCAAGCAGUUGCGCGUGCGCCGGUUUUGAGCGCGAUCGUGUCAGCCGCGGUUAAGUUAAAUAUUGAUAAUGUAAAUUUAAGAGCUAAUACUUUGUUAAGAGGUCAUAGUAAUCUGAAUACUGGUAUCAAAAUGGAGUGCUACACGUCGGACAGCUGCGAUAGCGACAGCAGAGAACAAAAAACCCUCGAUUUAUCGUGCAAGUUAAUGGAUUCAAUCAAUCUAUCAUCGGAAUUGAAAGGAAUUGUUGACGAGAAGAAUUGCGCGGAAAAUUACGAGAUAUUACUGCUCUAUAAUAACCGAAUUAAGGCACUACCGGACACAAUAAACAAAUUUUGCAAUUUAAAAAUACUGGAUAUUAGCAACAACAGAUUGACAGUUUUUCCAGAUGUCUUCAAAAGUUGUCCACUCACGUCCUUAAUAGCAAAAAACAAUCAAUUAACAAACGAAUCGUUCCCUAAAUGUUUUAAUUUAACAAAAUGUACACUAAAGGAGCUCAACCUUAGUGGAAACCACAUUAACUUUUUUCCAGAACAAAUUAUGGAGUUAACAUCCCUUAAAUAUUUAUAUUUAGGUGGCAAUAAUAUAGUGAAUAUUUCAAAAGAUAUAUGGAAAUUAACCAGUUUACAGAUCCUGUCAAUAGGAGGCAACCAAAUUUCGGAAGUGCCCGAGUCCGUCGGUCGGCUGACUACUCUUCAAGCCUUAGUUUUGAGCGAUAAUCAAAUAGAACAAUUGCCAGCCAGCAUCGCGAACCUAAAACAACUUCGGUCUUUAUUAAUACAUAAAAAUAAAUUGAAAACAUUGCCUACGCAAAUUAUAAAAUUGACAUGUUUAACAGAGCUAAGUCUCCGCGACAAUCCUCUCGUAGUGAGAUUCGUCCGAGACAUGACAUUGCAACCACCGUCACUACUAGAACUGGCUGGGCGCACUAUAAAAUUGCACGAGAUACCUGUCCACGCUGGUGAUGUCCCAGACACAUUGAUCCAAUAUCUCCGUGCAGCACAGUGCUGUGUAAAUCCCAAAUGUAAAGGGGUCUUCUUCGAUAACCGAGUGGAACACAUAAAGUUCGUGGAUUUUUGUGGAAAAUAUCGUAUACCCCUACUACAAUACUUAUGCAGUUCCAAAUGCAUUACUGGUAGAUGGGAGAGUCGAGAAAUGGACAAUAAUCUGCAUCCACAUAUGAUGAGAAAAGUUUUACUUGGAUAAUACACCUAAUUAUACGGAAUUUAAAAUUCAAUUUAUUUUGUACAUUUAAAUGUAUAUUAAUAUAUUUUUACAUCAGACACUUAUUCGCAUUUAAUGUGUUUAAUAUGACAUAAUGUUGCCAAUAAUUUUUUAGAUAGGUAAAAUAAAAAAAAAAAAUUAUGUUAUAAAUAAUUUAAAGAUCCAAGAUGCUCAAUUUAUUCUAUAUAAUACCAUAUAGUUAAAUGAUUAAUGAAUUGGUAAUAAAUAUUGUGAUGAUG